CUCCCGAAAAAACCCCUCGACGCCGACCUCAACUCUCCUUCUCUCGUCUCCCUGUUUAUCUCGUUCUGGCGGCGCGGCGCCCGGGAGCAGAGGCGAGGCGGGCGACCUAAGCGGCGACGGAAGGCAGGCGCGCGGUGUGCGGCGGGAGGGAAGGCAAGCAGCGGCGGCGGGCAAGCGGAGCGCGGCGGGAGGGCAGGCAAGCGGCGCGCGGCGGGAGGGCAGGCAAGCAGCGGCGGCGGCGGGCACGAAGCCAGCACCGGCGAAGACAAGCAGGCAGGCAGCGGUUUCUCUGCAAGGAUAAUGGCUCAUCGCGGACAAUCAGAUGGACGAACUCCAGGCCUAAUGCGCCAUGGUGCAUUCUCUACAGCCAGCCUCUCUGCCCGCCAACCUUUAGAGCCUUCUCCUCCCACCAUUUUGGAUAUUCUGGAGAACAAGCUUGCCGCGCUGACCGGAGAGGCAGAAAAGCUUAUCAGAGAGAAUCAUCGAUUGGCAUCAAGCCAUGUGGUUUUGAGACAGGAUAUUGUUGAAACUGAGCAAGAAAUGCAAAUGAUUCGCAGCCACCUAGGUGAUGUCCAGGUAGAGACUGAUAUGCACAUAAGAGAUUUGGUGGAGAGAAUCAGAUUAAUGGAGGCAGACAUACAGGCUGGUGAUGCAGUGAAGAAAGAACUUCACCAAGUGCAUAUGGAGGUAAAGCGGCUUAUUACUGAGAGGCAGAUGCUUACUUCUGAGAUAGAGAUAGUGACUAAAGAGAUGCCGAAGUUCCCUGUUGACAAUAAUAACCUUCCGGAAUUGGUUGCGGAGCUAGAUGGGCUACGGAAAGAGCAUCACAGUCUAAGGUCCGCGUUUGAGUAUGAAAAAAAUACAAACAUCAAGCAGGUUGAGCAGAUGCGGACAAUGGAAAUGAACUUGAUAACCAUGACUAAAGAGGCUGACAAGUUACGAGCUGAUGUGGCAAAUGCUACAAACCGAGCACAUGCAGGAGCACAUGUGACAGCUCCACAGCCUGGGACUGCACAAGCUGCUGCGGCGUCAGCAGUCACAAAUCCGUAUGCAAAUGCAUAUGCCAAUCACCCCUCCACAUAUCAGCAAGGGACUGCUCAAGCAGCAGCAUAUCAGCAAGGGACUCCUCAAGCAGCAGCAUAUCAGCAAGGGACACCUCAAGCAGCAGCAUAUCAGCAAGGGACUCCUCAAGCAGCAGCAUAUCAGCAAGGAACCCACCAAACGGCGGCGUAUCAGCAAGGAACCCCCCAAGCUGCGGCAUAUCAGCAAGGAAAUCCCCAAGCCGCAGGAUAUCAGCAAGGAAACCCCCAAGCUAUGGCAUACCAGCAUGGAGCAUAUCAGCAAGGAACCCCACAAGCUGGAGCGUAUCAGCAAGGAACCCAACAAGCUGGAGCAUAUCAGCAAGGAACCCCACAAGCUGGAGCAUAUCAGCAAGGAACCCCACAAGCCGGAGGAUAUGCUUACCCAACCGCUUAUGACGCCAAUGCUUACCAGAUGCAUGCUAACGCGUACGCCGCCUAUUCUGGCUAUCCAGUUGCAGGGUAUGCACAACCCGGUUAUCCUGGCACGUACGCCGCACCUCAGCAUCCAACAACCAGUGGCGCGGCUACUGAUGGCACAAACGUGUACGGUGCGGCUGCUAGCACGGGGUAUCCUGCUCCGCCGGUUCAGGCAAGCAGUGGAGCUGCUAACCCGGGACAGGCACCACCAGCUCCCUAUCCUGCAACGUAUGACCCUACAAGUGGAGCCCCGAGGUGAAAGCCGGGGUUGUAACAUGAAUGAUGGUCUCCGUGCCAUUCACAUUUUAUCAGACAGUGUCAUGGGUAUUGUUUCCCUUGUGUACAUUCAGUAUCAUAGCUUUAUGGAAACUGUCUAGUCUUUAAGAAGUUGCACGGUGAAUUGCAGUUUAUAGUCUUGAGGCUAGAAUUGAUGGGCACAAUUGUUGGUUAA